AGGAGGCGGCUCCAGCCGUGCACACAGCAGCCGGGCUGGGACGGGAAGCCGGAGAGCACCGGGACAGCGCGCUGGGGAGAUGGCAGGCGUGAAACUGUAAGGGGAGCGGAGCCACAGGAGCGGAGCCGCUGCGCAGAGGUCGCAGGUUCAGUCCUUUGCGCCUGUCCUAAGUUGUCCAGUCGCGUCCCCGGAGCAGGAGCGCCUAGCGCCGGAGAGCAGCCCGGUACUUUAUUCCUCUCUCGCCGGUGCCUAAAAGCCGUCUUUCAGCACUUUGGGCAAGGACAGCUCCUCGGCCGCCGCCGCCGACUGGCGCAGCUCCGCUCCGCCGCACCGAAAGGUAGUUUUGACCCAACUAACGAGGGGAUUUCGCGUCCAGUUCGGCAUCACUUCGCACAUAUGAGACCUGGCAGUCGCGGUAUAGAGCAAGUACUCAACUGACCGACAGCGGUGGGGGAAAUAUCUGACUUUUUACUCAAUAUGUACCAGGGGCAUUUACAGGUGUCCACUCCUGCUCUCCCAUUCCGCAGAGGGCCCUCAGAGGCCUGUUCUUAAAAGAUAUCUCACUCAGGAUGGCGUCAGAAAAGCGAUGAUCCGUGCAAUCCGAAAGGGGAAAGACACUAGGGCUGCAGAUAAGACUGUUGCCAUGGUGCUGAAGGAGAUACCAAGUAAGGCGUCUUCAGAAGAAAAACCUCUCCUCACUGUGGCAGACAAGCUGGUGAGCGAGCAACAAGAGAGUCGGCCCCUCCUGAGUCCGUCCAUCGACGACUUCCUCACCGAGACCAAGUGCGAUGCAGCCGCCCGCCCAGUGACCUCCAACACCGCGGUCCUCUCCACAGCCUUGGACCUGCUGGACCUCGGGGAGCCCACCGAGAGUCGAAAGAGCAAGGACAAAAAAAGCCCAUUGUUGUCACGUGGGGAGAGUCGGCGGAGCACCUCCAGCAGGAAGAAACCGGAUGAGACAGAACUGAUCCAGGUGGACAUGGAGCAGACGACUCCCAGCUACUGGAAUCCGGAGCGAAUGUCCUUGGACUCAGACAAAUGGGAUGAUGUGAGCCUGCACCCCGAACGGGACGGGAGCAGCAAGCGGAAGCUGGAGAGGAGGUGUUCCUCACGCCACUCAUCUAGCGAGUUCCUCUGGACCACAGAAUACAAAACGCCUCCUGAGUCCAACACAAAAUACUCUCUGGAUGUCAAUACCAGUGUGGAGCUGGAAGGAGUAUCUCAGCGUCGCUUCAGCAAAGACCAAAGGAGGGGCGGAGCCUUCCUGUCCAGAAACCACUCCCUGGAGGAGGAGUUUGAGAAGGCCAAGGCAGCAGUGGAGUCCGACACAGAAUUCUGGGACAAGAUGCAGGUGGAGUGGGAGGAGCUGGUGCGGAGGAACUGGCUGGAAGAGGCUGAGAACGAAGGCACCAUUCACCCUACCGUCUCGCUACAUGAAAAGGGAUAUUACUUCCAAACGGACAACCCGUACCGGGAGUGGCCCAACCCCUUCGAGGAGGGGCUGAGGAAGGCCAGGGAGGGGGACCUACCAAACGCCGUGCUGCUGUUGGAGGCCGCGAUCCUCCAAGACCCGCAGGACUCAGAGGCUUGGCAGGUGCUGGGGACCACACAAGCGGAGAAUGAGAACGAGCAAGCAGCUAUAGUCUCCCUCCAGAGGUGUCUAGAGCUGCACCCUAACAACCUGCAAGCACUCAUGGCUCUGGCCGUCAGCCUGACCAACACGGGCAUGCGGCACGAGGCCUGCGAAGCCCUACAUAGCUGGAUCUUGCACAACCCCCGCUACAAGAACCUGGCCAGGAGGUCCCCGAAACCUCCCCGAUCGCCCCGUGCCUCCAGCGUGACCAGCCCUCAGCUGGCCGACGUGAAGGAGCUCUUUCUUGAGGCCGUUCAGCACAACCCGGAUAUCAUCGAUCCGGACCUGCAGACGGGCCUGGGGGUGCUCUUCAACCUCAGCUCUGAAUUCAACAAGGCAGUGGACGCCUUCAACGCCGCGCUGUCUGUGCGACCCGAGGACUACCUGCUGUGGAAUCGGCUCGGGGCCACUCUGGCUAACGGGGACCGCAGCGAGGAAGCGGUGGAGGCUUACACCAGGGCGCUGGAGCUACAGCCAGGCUUCAUCAGGUCCCGCUACAAUUUGGGCAUCAGCUGCAUCAAUCUGGGUGCACACAGGGAGGCAGUGAGUAACUUCCUAACAGCCUUGAAUCAACAGAGGAAGAACAGGAGCCAUCAUGUUAUGUCUAGCAACAUCUGGGCAGCCCUCAGAAUAGCUCUGUCCAUGAUGGACCAGCCAGAGCUGUUCCAAGCAGCCAGCGUAGGAGACCUGGACUUACUUAUGAGGGCCUUCAACAUGGACAUGUGACCUCAGACCCUUUAAAUCCAAAAACGGCAGAGAAUCCAAAGUCUUAUCUUCAUCUUGUUUUCACCACACCCUUUGCCCCAUUUUUCUCCCCCCGUUUUAAAUGCACGCUAUGAAAAAAGCCAUUCGAUACUGCACUUUUGGAACUCCUGUCAGUGCUUGAAGAUCGACAGUUGCAAUGGAUUUGCACUCAGUUUCCCAGAAGGAGAUUGUGCUAGUAUGCCUUAGAAGAACUUGUUCAGCUGAGCUCGAAAUGCAUAGAGUAGUUUGUGCACCAGAGGAUGCCGAUGGUUCUGUCCAGCUGCAAUGCAAAAGGCUUCACACGGUUAAGGGUACGGAUCAGCAGUCAGAACAGAGUGUACGUAAGAGCAAUCGAACCACAGCCCUUUGCGUUAAUGGCCAUUCCCAUUAUACAUGAAAUUACCCUCCGAAGACCAAAAUGUUCUUAACGCGAUUCCAAGACUCAGGACUUGUGAGGUUCUCGGGGUACGAACCCCAGUUGGAUAUAAAGCAUUUGUCUGAACGCUCAUUAAGAGACUGCAGUUGCUUGGAGGAAUUUUCAUGCUGAAACGCUUAUACUUGUCUUGAGACAAACCUCAUUUCUACCUCAUUUUUCUAAUUGGUUCUAAAAAAUCCAUCGAUAAAGCAAUCUUGCCCCUACAAGGCCCACUGAGUUAGCUGGUUGUUCAAUUAAAGUCUGAAUGAAGCAUAGUAUCGCUUUACUAACUAAUCCAGGUGAUAUAACUUUAUCUCCAAAUGAUUAUUCAAACUAUUAAUGGAUGGUAGAUGUUAGGUAAAUAUUUAAAUUAAACAAUCUUCAUUGCGUUGUAGACCCAGAGUUUUGUAUAUGCUAACUGUUUUUUUAAAAAAGAGCUUUAAAACUCUUUUUUUCCAAAAUAUUAUCUGAUGAAGUCAGCCCCCAGUAUCCAAAACUGGUCAGAUGCAUAAGUAAUUUCACAUAGUUUUAAGUUUAAAGGCCUGAACAAUGAUUAAAGUAACGUGACUCAUUCACCCGAGUUAUUGGACUGAGCUGAAUAUUUAAGGUAAUACUGGGUGUAUGGACCAAUUAAUUGCCAAAUUAAUCACGACUGUCCUCUGUUAGUACAGAACUUGCUGGGACUAGCCCUGCCAUCCUCAGGUGAGGAGAUACUCAAACGUCGAUAAGAAUUCACUACGAUCCCCACAUUUAGAACAACUCGGAGAACAAUGCCACCUACAAACACUGCACACGGCUGAAACAAUACAAUGGAAUUGCAGGUCGCAUUUAUCAAUUUAAUGCAAAACAUCCAGAGAGCAUCCGGAAAACAAAUUACAUUUCUUAUCCAUUUGGGACGCAUAUCAAUUUGUUGGCAUCGCUGGAGUAAAUUUACUUCCUUGUCUGUGGGGAAGAAAAGCCCGGCCCUCGCUAUUAAGAUACGUCUUGUACUCGAAUGUACAAUCCGUGUCGAGGUGUUAACUUUUCCAUACAGUUACCAAGGUAUUCCUUUGGAAAUCAGAACUGGCGUCAUGGCAACAGCUCAGGUCCACUAGGUCAGUGGCCUGUGUUUUCAAGAAGAAUAAUAUAACUCCCUUAGUUUUCAAAUGAAUUUUCAGAACUAAAUAUAUAUAAAAUAUAUAUAUUCUAUUAUAUACCAGAAUGCAUAGCCGUGAGUUUAUUUAGGAUGUAAAAUAACACUUUUUUAGAAAAUAAAAAACUUUUCUCAGGUGAAUCAGUUUAAGGCAUGCUCCAGAAAUAAUUUAAAUAUAAAUAUACAAAGGUUGCAUGCAAGAGCUAGUCAAUUCCUUUAUUUUUGAAUGCUGAUUUCCUUUUUUAUGCAUGAAACUCACAAGCCAAUUUGUUAUUGUUCCUUAUUUAUACGUACUGUACAUAAAAUGCAUACUCAAGUUAAUGGAAUAUAUUUCUCUUUACAAUGCACUUUUUAAUCUUUAUUUAUAUACACAUAUAUAAAGUAAAUAAACAAAAGACACUUUUAUGACUGGAAUAGUGUAGAUAAUAUAUAUUAAUACUAUAAUAGAGUAAUAGUGCAUACUGUCCAUUGUUUAGUCUCAUUUUACCUUACCUGGGCAGUACCCUGUAAAUACAAUGUAACUAAAUGUAAUUGCUGUAGAUAUUCAAAUAUGUUGCCUACGUGUAAUUAUUGCGUAAACAGCACGUUAGGGUUUGGUUUUGUGUUUUCAGCCGGAAAGUUAUUGAGCUGACGCGCAUUAAAUUAACCUGACAGGAGGCCACAUGUAAGCAAAAUUAUGAGUGAUCUUUUGCUCCACGAUGGUGUUUGUGACCAACACUGCGCGGUAAUAGAGUACAAUUUAGCAGAAGUCCACGUAAAUCGGCGAUGAGACAAUACAUGUUAACGUGUUUUAAAAUAAAGCCUUCUUAUAUACUGCCA